ACUAUACAAUAUGAAUCGCAUGUCAACUAUCUUAUCAGCGAAUGCUUAUGUUAGCUUAUAAUAAAUAAAUAGGACAAUGCUGCGAGAGCGUCAAAUUAAACAUGAAAACAAUUAUUCUACUUGUCAUCGAAUGGAGUUGUGUAAUUUACGAAACGACGGCAUGCGACCCUGGGUGGAUGCAACACGGCGACUCGUGUUAUUUCGUGGAAAUCCACAACCAUAAACAUUGGUUUGGUGCAAAGAGGUGGUGCGAAUCUCAAAAUGGGUACCUGGCUGCGAUUGCGAACUACGACGAGAACGAAUUCCUGAAGACGCAACUUCGAAGACUAGCGCCGACGGUUCAUAUAUGGCUAGGUGGCACAGACAUUGCCGCGGAGCAUAACUGGGUGUGGGCUUACACAUGGGAACCGUUUGGCUUCUCGGAUUGGAAUACUGGUGAGCCGAACAACGCCGGUGGUCAGGAAGAUUGCCUUACAUACCUCGUAGGACUGUAUCUAUGGAACGACUUGUGGUGUGGCUCUGAAUUAGCAUACAUAUGCGAGAAGCCACUGCAUCCAGGGCUGUUGAUCGGAUAAGCCGACUUGAUUUUGGUAUAUCUUUAUUAAAGUGGUUCAAAAUAAAUCAUAAUCUAGA